AUGGCAGGAGUUGGAUCAUGUGAGCUGUCCAAGCCCGGUCCCGACCUACCGCCCUCUAGCUUCCCAGCUCCAGAGCUCGGGAUCCACUUAGUCGGGUCUCCACGUAGCGUUCCCCAGCUACGGCUACGGAUUGCGCAAUUCGAGCAGCGGGCGGAGUCUGGACGUAGGCGGAGCGGCGGCAGGCGGGAGAACGCCCGAAUUGCAGACGCUCCCAGGCAGCCCCAUGAGCCCACGAGACACAGGGACUGCGCCUGCGUACACCGGAUCCAGGCCGCCGACAUUCCGAGGCCGCAAUCGCUCCGCCCCAAUUCCGGGGCGGAGUUCUUAGCCGCGCCUGCGCACAGCCUCGCCGCACAGCCUCGCCGCAACCUACGCCUGCGCGUUCCGCCAGCCCGGACCCAUCCCCCAGAUCUUUCAGAGCUUCUCGAGCCUCCUGCAAACUCAGUGACUGGCGCCAGACGCUUAAGGAAGCAGGGCAGCCCGAGCUCGCGGGAAAGGCCACAGUCGCGGAAGCAGCGGCACGGCCCGAGGCCACCGCUGGAGGAGAGGCCGCUCCGCAGGGCGAAUGUGACAAACCCCCCACCCCCACCGCCUUCCUCCCGAGUGCAGGGAGCGCGGGCGACCCCGGGGGGGCCCCCCAGGCCACAGAGCCCGCCCAGCGGCCAGCACCCAGAGCAGGCCCGGCGGGGAGCUGCGCCGCGCACCAUGCAGGUCACCCUGAAGACCCUCCAGCAGCCGACCUUUAAGAUCCACAUCGACCCCGAGGAGAUGGAGCAGCAGAAAGACAAGGAAGUCUGUGAUACUGGGAAGAGACUGACGGAAGCAGCGGUUAAAGCAUUGAAAGAGAAGAUUGAAUCUGAAAAGGGGAAAGAUGCCUUUCCUGUAGCAGGUCAAAAAUUAAUUUAUGCAGGCAAAAUCCUCAAUGAUGAUACUGCUCUAAAAGAAUAUAAAAUUGAUGAGAAAAAUUUUGUGGUGGUUAUGGUGACAAAACCCAAACCAGUGACUACACCAGCACCAACAACAACUCAGCCAUCGAAUCCUGCCACCACUACUACAGUUAGUUCCUCCACGGCACCAGCUGUGGCUCAGGUCCCAACCCCCACCCCUGCUUUGGCUCCCACUCCCACACCUGCAUCUGUCACUCCAGCAUCAACAACAGCAUCUUCUGAACCUGCACCUGCCAGUGCAACAAAACAGGAGAACCCUGCAGAAAAGCCAGCAGAAACACCAGUGGCUACCAGCCCGACAUCAACUGACAGUACAUCAGGAGAUUCUUCUCGGUCAAACCUUUUUGAAGAUGCAACAAGUGCGCUUGUGACAGGUCAGUCUUAUGAGAAUAUGGUAACUGAGAUCAUGUCAAUGGGCUAUGAACGAGAACAAGUAAUUGCAGCCCUGAGAGCCAGUUUCAACAACCCUGACAGAGCAGUGGAGUAUCUUUUAAUGGGAAUCCCUGGAGACAGAGAAAGUCAGGCUGUGGUUGAUCCCCCUCCAGCAGCCAGUACUGGACCUCCUCAGUCUUCAGUGGCUGCAGCUGCAGCAACUACCACAGCAACGACUACAACAACAAGUUCUGGAGGACAUCCCCUUGAAUUUUUACGGAAUCAGCCUCAGUUUCAACAGAUGAGACAAAUUAUUCAGCAGAAUCCUUCCCUGCUUCCAGCAUUGCUACAACAGAUAGGUCGAGAAAAUCCUCAGUUACUGCAGCAAAUUAGCCAACACCAGGAGCAUUUUAUUCAGAUGUUAAAUGAACCAGUUCAAGAAGCAGGUGGUCAAGGAGGAGGGGGUGGAGGUGGCAGUGGAGGAAUUGCAGAAGCUGGAAGUGGUCAUAUGAACUACAUUCAAGUAACGCCUCAGGAAAAAGAAGCUAUAGAAAGGUUAAAGGCAUUAGGAUUUCCUGAAGGACUUGUGAUACAAGCAUAUUUCGCUUGUGAGAAGAAUGAGAAUUUGGCUGCCAAUUUUCUUCUACAGCAAAACUUUGAUGAAGAUUAAAAGGGACUUUUUUUUUUUAAAUCUCACACUUCACACCAGUGCAUUACACUAACUUUGUUCACUGGAUUGUCUGGGAUGACUUGGGCUCAUAUCCACAAUACCUGUAUAAGGUAGUAGAUUGCUGGGGGUGGGAGGGGGGAUCUAGGACAUAGGGCAGGGAUGAAUACAGUGCAUGUCUGCUUCAAUUAGCAGAUGCUGCAGACCCACACCGUGUGUAAAACAGACAACCAAAAAUCAGCUUUGCAGGUCUUUAUCUCUUGUAUAAAACAGUAGGUAACUUCCUAGAUUUCACUCUUUUUAGUGUACUAGAUCCAGAAAUUUAGUGUAAUGCCCUGCUUUAUAUUUCUUUGACUUAACAUUGGUUUCAGAAAGAAUCUUUGCUACCUUGAAUCUACAGUCUCUAUUUCAUGGCAACACUGGAUAAUGGCUUUAUGAAAUUGAAAAAAAUUGGAACAACUAUAAGUAGAAAUGCCAAAUAAUUGAUGGUUAUUGUUGCUGCUUCAAAUAAGUAUAAAAUUAAUGUCAAGAAAGCCCAUUCUUUCAUGUUAAAUACUUGGGGUGGGAGAGGGAAGAAGGGGAACCUUUUCUUAAAGUGAAAAUAAUUACUGCUAUUUUAAAAUCUCUUGAUCAUUGAAUGUGAGACCCUUCUGACAUGAUUUGAGAAGCUGUACAAGUAUAGGCAGAGUUAUUUUCCUGUUUACAUUUUUUUUUUUUUUUUUUUGGUUUGUUUGGGGGAAAAUUGGUAGGUGUCUGAUUACUGUUUACUUCCUUGUUAUAUUGCAGUAAAAGUUUUAAAACCACCAUUGCAUGUUUGCUUUUGAUGUGACCCUUUGUGGAGUUAGCACUUUGGGGCCCAUGGAAAAAUGCAGAUUCACUCUCCCUCUCGUCUCUUUCCUCAGCAGAAGUGCUUGUCACAAGUUGUGAGUUCCAACUGCUGCCUUUUUUAAAGCCCACAAAAUGCUGAUUCAGUGCAAGAUGAAUGCAAAUGUUUCAAAACUGGGUUUCUGAUAUUUGUACAUGUUUUUCCUUAUUAGAUAAGAAUGUAUGACCAUUAAAUUGCUUUCAAAAAGAGAAGGUGGUGGACAGAAUUAUAAUCCAGCAUCUUUUAUUGGAAAGACUGAUGAAAUCUUUUGGAAGGGUUGGGAGAUGAGGCUGGAAAAAUACUUUGGAAAAUACACAAUCAAGAUAUCUCAUGGCAUAUUAAAAGAAAAAUCUUAAUAGCAGUGUUGGCUUUUAUUUGGAUUUUUUUCAUCUCAGUUUUUUCUUUGGAAUCUCCUUCAUUGGCAUUGUUAUUUGAUCAUAAAGAGGGGGCAGAUGUCUACUUGUUCAGUUUUUCAAAUCUAUUUUCUUGAAUAUAAACAAGACUAUUUAAAGAAAUGUUUUCCUACCAUCUGAUAACUGAGUUAAGAAGAUGAAUUUGCACAGAUUUCCCCCUGCAUAUCCUUAGCACUGUUUGGUGAUGACUUUUAAGCUUUUACGUCGUGCUCUCGUAACCUAUCUCCUUUGAAAAUAGGUGAAACCAUGAUUUCUCCCAACAAUGUUAAUCAUGUAGUUUAAUCUUCAUGUGUUUAUUCCAUAAAUGCCGCAGGUCUUUGGACUUUAUAUUACCUGUAUGUUUUAUAAUGAAUCAUGCAAAAUAUCUCAGGAGAAUAAAAUGAGAAUUUGUAAAUAUGUUCAUCUUUCAAGGCAGAGGGGUUGGAAAGGGGUGGCAUUUCUGGUCGCAUUAUGGAAUACUUUUAUGACAUUUUAUCUGCUACCUUAUUGCUCACAGAUAGCGAAAACUGGAAAAAGGAAAAACAAAAAACAGCAGCCUCUUCCUUACUCUGGAGAGUGACAGCAGAAGUUGGUGGCAUGGAGCUUUUGCCCUUGGACAACAAAACUGCAAAUAGUGGGAUUAAUGAUUACCAGAGGACAAUUCAGGCCAAGUGUUGACCAUUCUUUACAAUACCUUGUUUAUCUGCUCAAAAGAACCAGACAAGACGCUAUGAAAGAAAUAGGCUUUUUGUAACCUUUUACUGUUGUCUUUUAAUUUACAGUUUUGGUAAAUCUCUUAAUGUAAGUGACUAUUCGACUUUGGAAUUUUGCAUUUGAGGUAUUAUGUCAUCUAUUCCUUGAAAUGUUUUAUUGUUUAGUUGCUCUAUGGAAAAUGUGAGGAAGCUUAAGUUUAUAUUUGUUAAAAUCGUAUUGCCAU